UCAUCAGAUACCUUAACAAUAUCACUUAAAAAAAAACCAAAGCCAUAUGUCGCUUAUAUGAAUAAAAGAAUUAUAUUUUUUGCAUCCCUAUAUGAUUAUAAACGUUAUUCUUCUAGUGAAAUUUAUUGAAAUUAUUCAAAUAUCCCUUAGAAGGAACAUUGGAUUCUUAAGGGUUAAGAUUUGUUUCUAUGCAAAUUUUCAAAUCGAAAUAAUCUAACAGAUAUUUGUAUGAAAGAUUGAAUUAUUAUUUCAAUUUAUAGUUUUCUGUUUUAUUUUUGUUAUAAUGUACUUUUGUAAAUUUGUAUUUUAGCAAGUGUUAUGUUUGCAUUUAUUGAUCGUUCAAUUGUAAAAAAAGUUGUAAACUUUUUACCUCGAGUUGGUGUUGGUGGUCGUUAUGGUUUACCACAACAACGACGAACAUCAUUAGCAUCAGCAAAACAAUUAUUUCGUUCAGCAAAUAUGACUCAACGAUGGCAAAGACGAGAAAUUUCAAAUUUUGAAUAUCUUAUGUAUCUUAAUACAAUUGCAGGUCGAACAUAUCAAGAUUUAAAUCAAUAUCCUGUAUUUCCAUGGAUUAUAGCUGAUUAUGAAAGUGAAAAACUUGAUUUAAAUUCUCCAUCAACUUAUCGAGAUUUAUCAAAAGAACCAUUUACAACAUUUUAUUUAAAUUUACAAGAAGGAAAAUUUGAUCAUGCUAAUCGAUUAUUUCAUUCAAUACCAUUAUCAUGGCAAAAUUGUCAACGUGAUUCAUCAGAUGUUAAAGAAUUAAUACCGGAAUUUUUUUCUCUACCUGAAAUGUUAACAAAUUGCAAUCAUUAUAAAUUAGAACGAACUGAAGAUGGAAUUAAAGUUGAUGAUGUUAUUUUACCUAAAUGGGCACAAACACCAGAAGAUUUCAUUCGAAUUAAUCGAACAGCAUUAGAAUCUGAAUUUGUUUCAUCUCAUUUACAUC